GCAGCAGCAGCAGCAGAAGCGCAGAAUGAUAACAACUGUGUUUUGAUGGCGAUCAAAGAAACUGGAUUCGUCUCGUCCUUUUAUUCGCGCUGUCGAUAGCUGUAUGAACAUCUGGGGCAGCGUUGCCACUAACCAGCAAAAUAUGCCGUCGGGUAUUCGUUGCAUUUCCAGCCCAACAGGCUGUAGUGUUAGCACCGUGGUAGCAAUGUAGGUAACGUUAGCUGGGACGCUUGGACAGACGUAGCGAGCCCUCAAGGCAACAGCAGCCUGCUCCGGUGUUUGGACCUGCUUUGUGUACACUAAUCGGCCAGUUCACAUCUGGAAUGCAUCUCUCCAAGAAAUGUUCCGCCUUCAAAGUGGUGCUGAGUGCUCUGCUGAUAGUGGCGCUGCUGCAGCUCAUAUACCUGUCCUUUUUAUCCAAGUUUCACGGUAAGCAGCAGCGGUACCGAUAUUCUGAGCUGUUUGGGAGCUCUGGAGGCAAGAAAAAUGGGCACCAAGAGAAAAACACGCGGAAGGAGCGUCUGAGGUAUUCUCUGUCUACCGGUGGGAUCUUCGACAACAGUGGUCAGUACCGGGUGUACAAGAACUUGAUCAAAAGUGAUUUCACCACAAAUCAGAAACCAGGAUCCGACCCCAGCGCCAAUGUCCUGGCUUUAGCCACACACACGACCAUCAACAACCUGCAUCACCUGGAAUCUCUUCUGGAAAGGUGGCAAAACCCUCUCUCUGUGGCCAUAUUCGCACAUGGGCAAGAUGUCAAGUUUGCCACGGCUCUGGUCUAUGCCCUCAGCUUCUUCUGCCCUCAGAUCCAAGCCCUGGUGGACUUCCACUUGGUCUGCCUCUCAGGAGAGAUGGCCAGUUUCCCUGAACAGGACCGUGAGCAUUUCGCAGGGCUUGAGGACUGCCCCUCUGUGUUCACCAGACUGGAGACCCACAGGGAUAAAUACAAGAACUAUGCCAUCAGUGGAAACGUCUCCUACCCAAACAACCUUCUUCGUAAUGUUGCCCGUGGUGGCACAGAGUCCUCCUACAUCCUGGUCAUUGACAUGGACAUGAUGCCGAGCGCUGACCUGCACCAGCAGUUCCUGGCGAUGAUCAUGAGCCGAGAUCCAGGGAGUGAGGAGGUUUUUGUGUUACCUGCUUUCGAGAUCCGUCAUGCCAGGAAGAUGCCUGCCAGCAAGGCAGAGUUAGUGCAGCUGUACCAGGUAGGUGAGGUCCGGCCCUUUUAUGAAGAGCUGUGUCCUCGCUGUCAGGCCCCCACCAACUACUCACAGUGGGUUAACAGCCACGUUAGAGGGACAAGCACCCUGGAAGUUGCCUACACUCUCACCUGGAUGGACCCCUGGGAGCCUUUCUACAUCGGGCCCCGCACUGUGCCCCUCUAUGACGAGAACUUCAAGCAAUAUGGCUUCAAUCGCAUCAGCCAGGCCUGCGAGCUCCAUGUGGCCGGAUACAGGUUCUCUGUGCUGAGCUCAGCCUUCGUGGUGCACCGGGGCUUCAAGAUCCAGGGGGAGUUCCAUGCCAAGAAAGACGAGGAGAACAAACACAACCGGGUUCUGUUUCGCAGCUUCAAAGAGGGCCUGAAAACCAAAUACCCAUCCUCCACAAGAAGAUGCUGAGAAAAAAUGAGGACUCUAUAUCCUGCAUCAGUCUCUAGUGAAAUAAGUCUUCUGCUGAAAUGAUGAACGUACAUUUUUUCUUAUUUUAACCAGAUUUUAGUUUCCAGUCAGGCUCUCCCUGGCCAAAGCAUCAUCAUUUUUCCACAGUGUCUUGUGAUGAUAGAACAGUAGGAGUUAAAGCUAAUCCAACUCUUGGUCUUAUUUCAAGUCCUUCCAAAAAUGAGCAGCAGGGAAAUGUUCUCCAGGGAUUUCUGAGAGCGUCCUACUAGUUGGGACUGAGAGGAAAAAACUGGCUAGCGACUCAUGAGAUUACUGCUUUUUGAGUCAAAUACACAUUUAAAGUUUAGAUGGCAUUUGAUCUACGUUACUCCUGAACUAUACGAGGUACAUGUUCUAUUUUAAAACAUGUUUGAGCUUGUCCAUUUACAAAAAUAGACUCAAAAACGUGAUGACAAGUCACAGUCUCUAUCCAUUCAAAGAAACAGAAAUCCAGAAAUGUGACAUGAAGUUUAAAGUUCUACACCUCAUGACAGCUGAUCAAAGAUUGCCUUGUUCCAUGUAGUUCAGCGGAAAACACAUCUAGUCGUCCCUGAUGUCAAAUUUACAGUUUGACAUUAUUAAAAAAGCAAAGGAAAAAGGGUCUUUCUGUGGCAAAGACCGAACCAUGCUGCUGGAUGCAAAUGCAUUUUAUAAUGAAAGAAUGUGAUUGAUCUGUAAGGUAACGAGUUCUCCAUCUACACAUGGUUUUCAACAAUUUUGUUAGAUUUGAUAUGAUGAUGUUGAUGAAACAAAAUGGCAAUUCAGUCUGUUUAAGUCUUUCACAAUUGUACACUUUUCAGUGUAAUUGGAAAUUAAGUGCGACGCUUUGAAAUCUGUGCCAAUCAGUGACGUGCUCCGGCCACCAGAUGGCAACAGACACUUGAGUGUUAAGCGCUCGGUUGCUGUUCAUAUUUUAGCCUGAAGUGAGUGUUAGAAACGCCACAGAAGAACACAGGGAUUACACAACACCAGUGUUGUUUGGUGCUCAGAGGGAUGUGAAUUCACUCUGCGCCACAGCCAUCAGCACAUUUCAGAAGUUUUCAGUACGCUGUCGGUGCUUGUUCUUGCCUCAAACUGUCUGAGGUGAUUACUCACACAUCACAAGGACAACAAAGCACUGGGAAGGUUUAUGUAGAGACACUAGCAUUUUGCCAACACUGUGAAAAACUGCUGUAUGAUAACACUGAGGAUCUGACACUAGUAGUCGAUUAGAUUAUCUAAAGCUGGGUUUUUUCAGCCCUUUUAGAAGAGUGUAUGUGACUGAGUGACUGAGCUACAUGUGGAGAUGUAGCAUGGUUAGUGGGUACAAAGAUAAAAGCAGCCGUGUUGUUAAAAGGAUUGCUCUGGAAAUACUCUCAACACCACUAGAAACAAAUGGCAAAUUAUAAACCUAAUGCUUUACUCUGUAACCUACUGGUACAUACAAACAGUAUUAAACAUUGACUACCACUUUUCUCAUGUCUGUUUAGUGAAUAUAAGAAGCAUACACAGAAGAUGAUGUUUGGUUACUUUUAAGUGUUAAAUUGUUAUAUAAUUGUUGAUUUUGGAGAGUUUUAAAUAUUUUUUUUCCUUCUUCAUUUGUAGUGUUUAUGAUAUAUUUAUUGUGAAAACAUUUUCCAUUAACUGGAAUUGGUUGAAUCAUUUUUUUAAUGACCCCAAGCAGGAAAAACUGUAGCACAAAAUUGUGUGAUCGUGCGAAAAAUUAUGUUUGGUAUGGCACAUUUAAGAUUUUUGUUUUAGAACUACUAUUAAAUAAUUUUAUUUGGUAUUUUUGGAGUGAGAUCAAUUUCAACAAAUUACCUUGUGUGAUGAUGUGAAGUGGUGCUUUGUUUUUCAUGUGUCUUUUCCUUACUUGAAAAUGCAGUUUUUUGUAUUUAUUUUUUCUUUUGUGUUCACAAAAUAUAAUGCUUGAUUUGUAUUGUUGGAAUUUAUAUUAAACCCAAUGGAGGACUUUUAUUUAACCCAUAA